AUGUUCACUGCUAGUCGCAUUUUACCACAUGUCGGGAAGUGGACAGUUCGACAUCAGAGCCGGCAACUGUCAUCGACUGGUCCGGUGUAUGUCCGUGCCGCCUUCGUUCAUCGUGAACUGCUUGACACGCAUGGAACAAAACCUGGUAGGUUGGCAGGUAGAGAAUGGCUUCCCGGUGCAUCAAGCCCAGAUAAUAGAUUUCCUGAAUUUAUCUCCCCGCCGUCAAAAAACUUUCCGGCCGUGUACGAGGCAAAAUACACGGAUACAUCUAUCCCGCCUUCUGACUGGGCAAAGGUUGCUAAAGAGGUCAUCGACGCCAACCUUACAGAGUAUGGCGCCAUUUUAUUCCGAGGUAUGCCGAUCAACGGAGGCGAUAGGUUUUCUCAGUUUCUGGUUGAUUUAGGGUAUGAGACGAUGGGCUACGAAGGAGGGCUUGCUGUCCGUCAGAAGGUGGCGCCAGGGGUGCUUACAGCUAGCGACGACUUGCCAGAGGUCACUAUACAGCCGCACAACGAGAUGGGGUACAGAAAAACAUUCCCCAAAAAGUUGUUUUUCUCCUGUGAGAUUGCCCCGGAACCUGGCUGUGGCGGUGAGACUGGCAUUACCAGAGUAAAAGACAUUGAAGCCAAACUAAAACCCGAAGUUAAAGAGAAAUUUCGCAAACUAGGAAUUAAUUAUCACUUUUACUUGCACUCUAUAGAGAACAGUAGAUACAAAAGCUGGCAGGAGACAUUCUUCACUGAGAAUAAAAGUGAUGUUGAAAAGUACAUGGAUAGAAUGAAUUACGAACACAAAUGGCAGGAUGAUGGCGCUGUUUCAUAUUGGUACACUUUACCAGCAUUCACAAAGCACCACAAAACCGGAGAAGAGCUAUGGUUCAACCACGUGCACCGACACCAUUCUACGAACCUCGCCGAGCAUCCAAAAUAUGCCGACGAGCCGGAUUUACCUCCUUUACGCUUUCCUUAUCACACAGGGUAUGGCGACGGAACUGAACUUGAACCGGAAGUACUACAGCAUCUCCGUGACGUCAUCUGGCAGGUUUCCGUCGGUUUCCAAUUGCAGAAGUCAGACAUCAUUGUCUUUGACAACAUGCUAGUUCAACACUCCAGACUUGGUUUUACCGGGAAGAGAAAAUUGCUGGCUGCCAUGACUACUGAUUAA